GAGACUUAAAGGAGGAUGUUUACAUGCAACAACCCCCAGGUUUUCUUGAUUCCAACUCUUCACAUUUUGUUUGCAAGCUAAAGAAAUCCUUAUAUGGUCUUAAACAAGCUCCUCGAGCUUGGUUUGAUAAAUUGUUUCAAGCCCUUCAUACCCUUGGGUUUCACCAAUCCCAAUCUGCUUCUUUGUUUGUCCUUCAUGGACCUCAAUUAGUCAUUGUUCUUGUUUAUGUGGAUGAUAUUCUAGUUACUGGCCCCUAUUCUCAACUCUGUCAACAAUUUAUCCAACAACUUAGCACUCAGUUUCCAGUGAAAGAUCUUGGUCCUUUACACUAUUUCUUGGGAUUGGAAGUUCACAGAUCUCCCAAUGGCCUCUUUCUCCAUCAGACCAAGUACUUACUUGAUCUCCUCAAGAAAACAAAUAUGGAAGGUGCCAAACCUUGUUGCACUCCUCUCGGGUCUCAGAAGCUGGACCACAGUGGGCCUCUCUUAUCCAAUCCCACUGAAUAUCGUUCCAUAGUUGGUGGAUUACAAUAUCUCACUUGGACUCAACCGGAUCUUGCAUUUGCUGUUAAUCAGAUAUGUCAGUUUAUGCAUGCUCUAAGAGAACAACACCUUCAAGCAGCAAAAAGGGUUCUCAGAUUUCUUAAAGGUUCUAUUUCUCAUGGUUUAUGGUUUACUAAAGGUCCCAUCACUCUUUCAGCUUACUCUGAUGCUGAUUGGGAUGGAUGCACAUUUGACAGGCGGUCCACCAGUGGAUAUUGUGUUUUUCUUGGCUCUAAUCUCAUCAGUUGGAGUGCAAAGAAACAAAGCACUGUUGCUCGUUCCUCUACAGAAGCUGAAUAUUGUUCUUUAGCUCAUACUGCAGCAGAACUCACUUGGGUUUGCAAAAUUCUCAAAGAUCUUCAUUUCCCUCUUCCUACUCUACCUACCCUAUGGUGUGAUAAUAUCUCUGCAAUCUCUUUAGCCUUUAAUCCUAUUUUUCAUGCUCGAACCAAGCAUGUUGAGAUUGACUAUCACUAUAUCCGGGAGUUGGUUCUUGCAAAUCUCAAUAUGUUUGUAGUGAAGACCAAGUGGCUGAUCUUCACACCAAAUCUUUGUCUAAGAGCAGGUUCUCUUUUCUCUGUCCAAGGUUCCAAUUGGAAUCCUCACUGAUUCCUCCUUUAGCUUGAGGGGGUGUAAUAGGGCAAAUGACAAGUCAUCCAAUGUAGUUACUGUUGAAUAGUAUGAUAAAGCUAAAUGUAAUCAGUUCUGUUAGUUACUGUAAUUAGUUAAGAUAGUUGAGGGUAUUCUUGUAACUAGCCUAAGGCAGCUAAGACUAUAUAUAUUCACAUCUGUGUAACUGAUUUUAUUAUUCAAUACAAUCAGAAAACUUACAUAGAAAGUUUUCUAUUUCAAUACCAUAAAAAGCUGAAAUCAAAUUUGUUGUUUUGCUAGCUGAUCUUAUUGUCAUAGGUUACAAUUUCACAUUUUUACUUUCAAUUCUUCUUCGUUUUUUCUUUUUCUUUUUGGAAAGCAUGAGUGUAAAGUUUGAUCACUGAGUUUGACAAACAAAUAUAUUGAAAUAAAAAAAUUGAAUUUAAAUUUGUCAACUAGAUUAUCUUUUUCUUUUUCAAAUUGGUAUUACAUAUUGAAAAAAAUAUAACAAUGAUUGUUCGUUUGUUUGGAUGAGGUGAAAUCCAAAUUUAUGUGACGGGAAGAAGUAAAAAAGUUUUUUUUUCCCCUUAUGCAUCCUGCAAAUGAUUAGAUUUGUUUGAAAACUAGCAGGAAGAAAGAAUGAGACGGUUGGAGUGCAGAGUGGAAGUUUACUUUGAUGCUGAUAGGUUGGAUCACCAGGUGAAAUUUUCAUUUUGAGAUGUAUAUAUACGUUCGCUGCCUACAUAUAAAUUACUUUGUGUACCUGCGACCACUUGCUUGAUUGCCCUGUUGUUUUGGCUGCUUACUCAACCUUUUUAUACGUAGGAGAGAUUUGAGUUUUAUCAUUACAACUUAAUGUCCAUAGACACAUGAUACAGAUUGAAACAAAUGUAAAAUUUAAAAUGGUAUGAAUCAGGACAGCUGCGAACUGUGAUUUGCGGACCUUAAAACGGAGAAGUAACUUCUCACUUCAAUUCCGCAGCAUAAUCCAGCUUUUGAGUCCAGUUUUCAGGAAGCAAAUCAUUGAAUACACACGGAAAAUUAAAAGAGUUUUAGUUUUUGCAUUCGUAUUCAAUGAAUUUGAAAUGGAGAACUUGGUUGAUUGAGACAGAGAGAAUCUGACAGCUCCAAACUCUGAUCUGCUGAUCUCGAAAUGGAGAAGUUACUUCUUGCUUUACUUUCACAACGUAAACCAGCUCCUCGGUUCAGUUCUUAAAUAUGAGGUUUUUCAACUACCACUUUUCUGUAAUGAAACAUGCAGUACUCGCCAGGAUAUCCAAUUAAUUAGAUUUAAUCCCUUGAACUUGAAUUGGAUCACUCUAUGGGACUUUCUGUUGUUUGGCUUCUUUCUUCUCUCUUCACAUUUCUCUCACUCCCUUGGUCAAUAACUUUUCACCAUUUUCGGUUCUUUCUGAGAGUUGAAUGAGAUCUGGGCGGUCACUUAAAUUCAGGGUAGCUCUAUAAAUCCUCUCGGUUUUUUUUUUAAAUAUUUUUCUCUGUUCUGUAGAUUUCACCAAACAGCAGAGAAAAAAGUUGGCAUUAUCCGUGGAGAAUUCUGUUUUUCCCAUCUUAUUCCAUAAAACUGAAUUUUCAGUUAUUUAAAGAUCUGAAUUUUUUCAACCAGAUGUUGCUGGGUGUAAUGUUUUUGGUCAAGAUGCGACACCUAUCUGGGCAAUGUCUGGAUGUCUAGGCUUGGAUGGAGACUUGGAAUUAUGGAAGAGGUCAAUCAAGCAGAUAAGAUUUAGAAAGAAAACUCCACAUCUAUUGCCAGCAAUGCUCAGUGGGAGAAGUAUAGGAAACCAAAGCUUACAAAUCCGAUGCCUUUUAGGAAGCAACUUUGUAGAAAAGAGCUCAUGCGCCACUGAAGGUGAUCACAUUAGUCAGGACUCCAGGGGCAAAUUCAACAAGCAAACUUGAUAACGUGAUAAGGGUACUUACGCAUGAAUCUGAACAAUUACAUUGUGUAUCAUUGUCAUAUAGGCAAAUUUGUUAUGUGUGAUGGUGUAUUUAUGCAUGACUAAAAUGGAUGAUGUAACAAUUUAUAAUUUUGGGUUUACUAAUUUUCUGCAUUUUUAUGAUUUA